AUGUCGUCCGGAAAAGCACCCCUAGGCUUCCCCGAAGCGGAAGCAAAGCUGCCUCAGCCGGGCAAAAUGUCCAGCUUUGAGAGAACAAAGGCCGAAGCGGAGGCCAAGCGUAAGCGAGACCAGGCCGAGACGGAAGCCGUGUACAAGGAAUUCAUCAAGAGUUUCGACCACGACGAGGACGACGACGGCCGGCUCCAGCACCACGCUCCCCGACACAGCUACGGGACGCCGUCCACUGGCCUUAACACGGGCAGGCGGCACUUUGCCGCCUCGGCCAUGAAGAAGAGCGGACCUGGAACGUUGGGGCCGUUGCCGGGUGCGUACGGCGCCAAGCGGUCGUUCAACGACUUCGCCAUGGGCUCGAGGGAGACCGGCUCAUCGUCGGUCAACCAAGACUCGCAGACGGCAGCGCUCUCCGUCUCCGAAGCGUUCAGGAACGAGAGCGAUGACGAAGACGAGGUCGAGAAGGAAGCCGGCCAGCGUGCCGAGCUGAUGGCUCAAGCGAAGCCCCAGCUCCGCCUCACCAACAUGCCUCCCGGAUGUACGCCGGCCGCCAUCAAGGCGCUCUUCCCGGACAACCUCAUCGUCGACGCCGUCAAGAUUGACCCGCCCUCGGCACCAGGCCACCUUCAAUCGAACUGCACCAACUGCGUCGUCGUUUUCGACCGAGACACGGCGGGUAGCGCGCUCGACGCAGUAGUCAGCGCCAUGCAGAACCGAUACUUGGGCGUCGGACGCUACUUGUCCAUCAGCCGUCACCUGCCGUCGGUCAUGCUGAAGCCGGCAGUGGCGCCCCAGCCGUUCGGUGCCAUCCUGCGGGAGCAGGCUGAUGCCGGACAUCAUGGCUCCCGUCGUGGCUUUGCACCGCCAUCGUCGUACAGCAAACCUAGCGGCAGCCCCAAUCGGCUCGACCAGUAUCAUGUGCCUGUCGUGCCGCCGGAUGACAUCAACACGUUGCGGCAAAUUCACACGACCGUCGAGAAGCUCCUCAAGCAUGGAGCCGAGUUUGAGUAUGCUCUCAUGCAGAGGCCCGACGUCCAACGCGACGAGAGGUGGGCUUGGCUGUGGGACUCGACGAGCACGGCCGGUGUUUGGUAUCGUUGGCGACUCUGGGAGCUUGCCACGGGAUACAAGUCCGACCCGGCAAAGGAGCCGUACGUCUAUCUGUUCGAGGACUGUCCGGCGUGGAAGGUGCCGGAACCGUUGCCGUUCGAAUUCGUCACGGACAUCGACCAAUUCGUCCACCACGCCGACUACAACUCGUCGGAUGAGGACGGCAUCGACGAGAAUCAGCUGGACGCGAGAAAGCCGUAUCCAUUUCUCAACCCGCUUCGCGAGGCGAAGCUCAUCCACCUGCUCGCCCGACUGCCGACGAGCACGGCGAAGCUUCGCAAGGGAGACGUGGCAAGAGUGUGCGCCUUUGCGCUCGAAAACGCGAACCGUGGCCCGAGCGAGGUGGUCGAUUUGGUCGUGACCAACAUUGCGAUGCCACUCGCCUUCACGGACGAAAAUUCCCAACACCAUCAAGCGGCGGUGGAGACGGUCGGGAGAGGCGAGGUGCUCGACGUCAGCGGAGGAAGCUUGGUCGGAUUGUAUGUCGUCCACGACAUCCUCGGCGCGUCCGGAUCGUCCAAGAUGUACCGACAUGGUUGGAAAUACAGGGCACUGUUCGAAAAGGCGCUGAAGGAUCGCAAGGUGUUUGAGUUUCUGAGCAUGAUGCCAGAGCAGCACGGUUGGGGUCGUCUGCGCGCCGAGAAGUGGAAGCGCUGCAUUCUUUCCGUCCUACACCUCUGGGAAGGAUGGAACGUGUUUCCCAAGAAAUCGCAGGAGCAUUUCAUUCACGUCAUGGAGAAGCCACCCUUGGCCCCGCCGGACGAGACGCCGGCACCCUCGGCGACCGACGGUGCAGCCAAGCAGGGACUCGACAAAGGUGAGCCCCUCGACGGCGAUGACAUGCUAGGACGGCCUUUGGAUGAAUCUGACCUUGAAGACGUACGCAUGUCGGACGAGGAAGACGUCGACGGCGAACCCAUCGUCGAGGACGACGUGCAAGGCACUCCAGCUCGCGGCGACGACGCGCAAGGUGUGCCCGCGACAGGGGAUGACGUCGAGGGUGAGCCGAUCGACGAAGCCGACGUCGAGGGUGAGCCGAUCGACGAUGACGAUGUGGAGGGUGAGCCGAUGGAAGAAGGAGAUGUCGAGGGCGAGCCGAUGGGUGACGACGACGACGCGCUCGACGAGCCAAGCACGACUCGCGACGGCAGGAACGACGACGACAGUGCCACUCCUGGUGUCGACCGGAGGACGGAGAGCGGCGCGGACGGCGCAGGGGAAGGCAGUCAAGGCGAGGCACAAGGUGAAAGGGGACACCUUUCGCGGAGACGGAUGCGCGCCGUGGACAUGUUUGCUGACUCGGACGACGAUUCCACGGACGAAAAGAGGUGA